CUGUUCUAAUGAGAGGAACUUUAGAGGUUCUCAUGUAACGCCUCUGUCUUUAGCUCAACCCCCUCAGAGGCCAGGAAACACAGAGGGUAUAAAAGAUCUGAGAGCAGCUCCACUCAGGCUUCAGACCUGCAUCACCUGCGCCAAUCUCACACUGCAUUUCAGUGCUAUUGCAAUGCUGUCCCGGACGCUGGUUGUUCCGUUGAUCUUUGCAUUAGUGGGUGUCUCUAUUUCUGCACCAAUAAAUGAUGGAACAGAUAAUGAUGAGGCGGCUGCAGCCCUAGGGAUCCUCAAUGCUUCUCCAACUCCAGUCCCUGGAAAUGGAGACUCAGGAACUACAGAUGGGAAUGAUUCAGCAGAGAAACAAGGAGGUCCCAGUGACUCGUCUGACACCACUGAAAAACCAGAGGUUGAUGGUGCUCCUGACACAUCAGAUACAAACAGUGACAAAAGCCUGGAUGAAGCCACCAGCGGCCUAGAUUCAAUAGACACAACAGAUACGGACACAGACACUAAUACAGAAACAGAUGCAUCGCAGCAGAAGACAAGCGAUUCAGAUGAGAACAAUGAGAAACCAUCAGCGGAGGACAGCACAGAUGCAGAUCAUGCUGAUACAGAUUCAAAAGAAAAGGAAUCUACAGACACGGAUGAAAAGCCAGACACUGAUUCAGACAGCUCAGAUGGGGAUUCUGCUAGUGUGGAAAAGAAAGAUUCUGAUGAUGCACCUGAUGAUGCAAAUAAAACCUCUACAGAGAUACAGAUGAUUCAUCUGACAAGGAUUCUUCAGACACAGAUGAGCAGCAGGACUCUGAUGAUUCUGACAAAGACAAAACAGAUGGAGACUCAGAUGAAAAGAGUGACAAGAAAGAUGACAAAGACACCAGCGAUGACUCCAGUAAAGACUCAGAAGACGAGGGUCGAGAAACCUCUGAGACGCCAGACAAAAGUGACACAGACAGCGACUCGGACACUGAUGAGGUGAAAGUUUCAGACGACUCCAAAGACCAGGAUUCAGAAUCGAAAGACACUGACAGCACGGAGAAGAAAGAGAAAGACCAGGACUCUGACAGCGACGCAGACACCAGCAGCGUUCAAGACACGACAGAUUUCCCUGAGGACAGCGCCGAGGAUAAAGACAAGGACAGCAGGGACCCGAAAGACACUGAAGAUGACAGAGACAGGGAGAAGGAUGCCAAUGAGAAGGAGGAGACCAAUGAGACUGGCAGCGACAGCGAUGAGAGGAAAGAUAAAGAGGACGAAUCCAAACCAGACGAACAGGACAAGGAAGACACCACCUCAAAAGAAGACGCCGCAACCAGUCAGUCUGAUGAAAGUCCACUGGAGGAAAUGACAGAGGACAAGCAGGAAGACAAACCUGAUUCUGACAGCUCCAGUCUGGACUCAAAUUCAGACACGGACUCUGACAGCAAAGAAA